AUUCCUUUUUUUAUAAACAAACUAAUCACAAUGAAUCAUUUAUUAAAAUCAGGCUGUAUGUGCAAAUGUGUUUACCGCAGAGCAGCAGUUCGCUUUAAAGAACAUGUUAGCAUGAGAGUAAAUAAUUCACUACAUCGGUUCCAGUGUGUAAGAACUCAGUCUGGAGGAACAUCAGGGGGGGUGAAUAUUUUUGACAGAAGCAUGAAGAGAAAACAGAAGAAAUGGGCAGCAGGUUUACCAGACAACGAGAAAUACGACUACCUGCGAGAUGAGGUCGGCAGCAGAGUAGCUGACAGAGUUUAUGACAUUGCUAGGACGUUUCCGUUGGCGCUGGACGUCGGCUGCGGAAAAAGCCACGUCGCCGAACAUCUCAGCAAGGACGUGGUGGAGCGACUUUUCCUGACGGACAUCUCGGACGCUUCACUGAGACAGAAGAAGCAGAGCGAGGUGCCCACACAGUGCGUGAUGGCCGACGAGGAGUUCCUGCCGUUCCGGGAGAACACCUUCGACCUGGUGAUCAGCAGCCUGAGUAUGCACUGGAUUAACGACCUUCCCGGAGCUUUACGACAGAUCCACAGCGUGCUGAAGCCGGACGGCGUCUUCGUCGGAGCGAUGGUCGGCGGCGAGACCCUGUACGAGCUGCGCUGUUCCCUUCAGCUGGCCGAGCUGGAGCGAGAGGGAGGGUUCGCGGCCCACAUCUCGCCGUACACCGCUGUCACCGACCUGGGCAACCUGCUGGGACAAGCCGGAUUCAACAUGCUCACCGUGGACGUCGACGAGAUUCAGGUUCAUUACCCCAGCAUGUUUGAAGUCCUGUGUGAUUUACAAGGUAUGGGCGAGAGCAACUGUGCGUGGAACAGGAAGCCGCUCCUGCACAGAGACACCAUGCUGGCGGCGGCGGCCGUCUAUAAAGGGAUGUACGGUAACGAGGACGGAUCAGUGCCGGCCACCUUCGACGUCCUGUUCAUGAUCGGUUGGAAGCCGCACGAGUCGCAGGCGAAACCCGCACGGAGAGGCUCAGCGACGGCGUCCUUCGCAGAUCUGUCGAAGAUCGGCCGGUCGAACCCGGGACGACCCGACGGCGGCGGGAACUUCACGUAGAAAUAAACGCAGAAAUGAACCUAAA